AUGGUUAUGUCCGACAUGGAUCUCGAUAACUCAUUCUCGGAUGGGGGUGAACUCGAGGAGACAGAGGAAACGUUAGGAGGGGGUGCCGGCGGUUCGGGGCGUCCUUUAGAGGACAUCGAAACCCGAGGAAAAGCAAAACGGAGGAAGGUUGUCGACUCCGACGAGGAAGACGUUUCCGAACGUACCUCUGUCGGGAUGUCAUCUUUCCCAGAAAAGGCUAGGUUGAUCGGUAGGGAGAUGGACGCUGCCCUUCUCAAGGAGAAGGAAAAGAGGAAGAUUUCGGCAGCCUUUCACAGGCAGAUCUUGGAGUUUCGAGGGAGGUAUGAGGUUUUGCUGGACGAGGCCCUCCGGCAGAACACGGUUCUGCUGGGGAGGGUUGAGGAGGCAAGACGCGUACAUUCGUGCGUAGGCUUGGUUAGGGAAGUCGUAGAGGAGGACGUCACGGUCACCGGGAAACCCUCAAAGGCCAAGGUCCCGGCAAAGAAGACGGUCUCAGCAAAGGAGUCGGCCCCCAAGGCUCAAGCAGCCAAGGAGAACGACUUCGUUGUGGUAGUCGGUAAGAAGAAGAAGAGGAAGAAGAAGAAGAAGAAGAGCAAGCAACCAGCGCCAGAAAAGGCCAAGAAGGCCCCGGGGGUGGUCGCCACCGCGACCAAAAAGGCUAAGGCCGUCGAGAGGGAGAAGGCCAGAGCUCCGGCUCGCGCUUUCGUCGUCUCGACGGGCGACGCUGGUGCCGAGGCCGCCAAGAGGGAACUCUGGGCGGACUUGGUAAAGGGCGUGGCUGCGCCAAACUCGGGAACUUCGCCAGGCUCCCCAGAGGCGACCUGGUGGUCAAACCGGCUGACGAGGCGACGUACAAGGCGCUCAAGGAGAUGGAGGCCAGCGGAAAGAAGAUCACAGAGGAAAAGGCAAGGUGGCCGACCGUCCUCAUCUACAACGUGGAUAGGGACUUCGGUAGCGAGGUACUCCCAGUUCAGAUCGUCGAGCAGAACUCGGGUUUAG